AUGAAAGAAGACAACCAAUCUUCUACCCUGGAAUUCAUCCUUCUGGGAGUUACUGGUCAGCAGGUACAGGAAGACUUCUUCUUCAUCUUCUUCCUGUUCAUUUACCCCAUCACAUUGACUGGAAACCUGCUCAUCAUCUUGGCUAUUCGCUCUGACAUUCGCCUUCACAACCCCAUGUAUUUUUUCCUUGCCAACCUCUCCUCCGUUGACAUCUUAUUCUCCUCUGUAACCAUCCCCAAGAUGCUAGCCAACCAUGUCUUGCACAGCAAAUCCAUCUCCUUUGGGGGAUGUCUAACACAAAUGUAUUUUAUGAUUGCCUUGGGUAACACAGAUAGCUAUAUCCUGGCUGCGAUGGCAUAUGAUCGUGCCAUGGCCAUCAGCCGCCCACUUCAUUACACAACAAUUAUGAGCCCACAGACUUGUGUCCUUCUAGUUGUUGGAUCUUGGGUGGUUGGAAACGCCAAUGCCCUCCCCCACACUCUGCUCACAGCUAGUCUGUCCUUCUGUGGCAACAAGGAGGUAGCCAACUUCUACUGUGACAUUACCCCUUUGCUUAAGCUGUCCUGUUCUGACAUCCACUUCAAUGUGAAGAUGAUGUACCUAGGGGUUGGUAUUUUCUCUGUGCCAUUACUAUGCAUCAUCAUCUCCUAUGUCCGGGUCUUUUCCACAGUUUUAUGGGUUCCUUCAACUAAGGGCAUGCUCAAAGCCUUCUCCACCUGUGGCUCCCACCUCACUGUUGUUUCUCUGUAUUAUGGGACAGUCAUGGGCACAUAUUUCCGCCCUCUGACUAGUUACAGCCUAAAGGAUGCAAUCAUGACUGUUAUGUACAUGGCAGUGACUCCAAUGCUAAAUCCUUUCAUUUAUAGUCUGAGAAACAGAGACAUGAAGGCUGCCCUGAGGAUACUAUUCAGCAAGAGAAUUUCCUCAGAACCAAUGUGA